AAAUCAAAGUUCACCUCUCCACUUCCUCUAAGCAUAAUAUUCCGCACAUAACAGCACACGAGCACUGACUUCUGUCUCUGUCUUUUCUCCAUUUCUACUUCCCUGUUACACCUGCACACGAGCACCUGGAAAAUGGGAACACCUGGAACUUCCCCUCUCUGUCGGAAAAUGGGAAAUAAGCUUACCAUCCUAGAAAACAGGACUUGGUUUAACAUAGAAAUCAAGAUGUGGGUGGAUGUCUCUAGACCUGAUAGGUUCAAGAAAAUUGUUAGGAUCGAACCAGGCAGAUCUAUAAGAGUAAAGGCCUCAACUUUCAACAGCGAUGAUCAGGGCAGUGUUGAACAUGCCCUCCUGCUGGUUUGUGCAAAUGGAAGUUGGACAGGAAAAUACAUUCUUCCUCAGGACUUGUUCGCUUGGGCGGCAGUCUUCUGCGACAGUAACCGACACGGUCAAGUCAUUCUUCAGACUCAAGUCAAGGAUGUCCUUUUUGAACCUGUUCGCAAAACUCAAGAUGCCAUGUUCUUUAUAAAUACUCCUAAUGGUAUGUGGAUGCCAUGUGGACCAAAGCAAUCAGGUGCUGUCCAGAUAACUAUGCCGGUAAAGGACUUGCUGUUAAGAAUGUUAACUGAGAGUAUUUCAGAUUAAUGUCCAUGCAGAUAAUCCCACCUCCGAUAUCUAAAAUAGACUUUGACAAAGUGUUGGCAAGACAGAGGCCAACAGUGAGCAAAGCUGACCUUGAGGUGCAUGAGAGAUUCACCAAUGAGUUUGGAGAGGAAGGUUGAGAGAAAGGAUGCAUUGGACGUGCUAUUUAUGCGACUUCCUCUCAUUUGUAUUCUAUAUGAACUUUGUGCUGAUUGUACGAGCCUCUUUCGGAGGAAAGAUACAUGGCUUUGCCUUUCUAUUCGCAAGAAGUGAACUCUGAUACUUCCAAUAUCAAUGUAUUUUUUUUGUUAAUGUCAAAAAGAUGAGCAUGAAUGUUGCCUCAAUAAUUGCGGUUUGCCUCUGGAUAUUUUUGUAUCUCUUUUCUGGUAAAUAUCUGACAUAGUUCUUUAGU